AUGUCCAAGACCUUCACCACCAGCGACGUUUCGUCGCACAACAAGCCUGAUGACUUGUUCAUCAUCGUCGACGGCGACGUCUACGACCUCACAAAGUUCCAGGAUGACCACCCUGGUGGCAAGAAGAUCCUUCAGCGCGUCGCCGGCAAGGACGCCUCCAAGCAGUUCUGGAAGUACCACAAUGAGGGCAUCCUGAAGAAGUACAAGGCCAAGUUGCACGUCGGCUCCCUCGACUCCAAGCCCAAGCCCGUCGAAGCCGCACCCGCUGCCGCUGCCCCCGUCCCCAAGAAGGCGGCCCCCAAGAAGGUCGUUGCCAGCAGUACCGAGGAGUCCGAGCCUAUGGACCCCUUCGGCGACUUGGUUCCCUACGCCGACCCCAACUGGUACCAGGCCUACCAUACCCCCUACUACAAUGAGACGCACGCUGCCCUCCGCACCGAGAUCCGCGAAUGGGUCGAGACAAACGUCGAGCCUUUCGUCGGCGAAUGGGACGAGAAGAAGGAGGUCGACCCCGCGAUCUACAAGCAGAUGGGUGAGCGCGGUUACCUGGCCGGUCUGCUCGGCGUCCACUACCCUACACAGUACACCAACAACACUGUCGCAUCCGUGGCUCCCGAGAACUGGGAUCUCUUCCACGAGAUGCUUCUGACCGACGAGCUGUCCCGCGCCGCGUCAGGUGGCUUUGUCUGGAACGUCAUUGGCGGGUUCGGUAUCGGUUGCCCGCCCCUCGUCAAGUUCGGCCAGAAAGCUCUGGUUGACCGUAUCCUGCCCGGUAUUCUCAACGGUGACAAGCGUAUUUGCUUGGCCAUCACCGAGCCGGACGCCGGCUCUGAUGUUGCUAACCUGACUUGCGAGGCCAAGCUGAGCGAGGAUGGAAAACACUUCAUCGUCAACGGCGAGAAGAAGUGGAUUACCAACGGUAUCUGGUGUGAUUACUUCACGACCGCCGUCCGGACUGGCGGAGAGGGCAUGAACGGUGUCAGCUUGUUGCUCAUUGAGAGAGGGCCUGGUGUCACGACAAGGCGCAUGGACUGCCAGGGUGUCUGGUCCAGCGGUACCACCUACAUCACCUUUGAGGAUGUCAAGGUACCCGUUGAGAACUUGCUUGGCAAGAAGAACCAGGGUUUCAGAGUCAUCAUGACCAACUUCAACCACGAGCGUAUCGGCAUCAUCAUCCAGUGCCUACGCUUCUCUCGCGUGUGCUACGAGGAGUCGGUCAAGUACGCCAACAAGCGUCGCACCUUUGGCAAGAAGCUCUACGAGCAUCCCGUCAUCCGCCUCAAGCUGGCGCAUAUGGCCCGCCAGAUUGAGGCUUCGUACGCGUGGCUCGAGAACCUCAUCUUCCAGUGCCAGAAGAUGGGCGAGACUGAGGCCAUGCUGAAGCUUGGUGGCGCCAUUGCGGGCCUCAAGGCCCAGAGCACCGUCACCUUUGAGUUCUGUGCUCGCGAGGCCUCGCAGAUUUUUGGUGGUCUGUCAUACUCUCGCGGCGGUCAGGGCGGCAAGGUCGAGAGACUGUACCGUGACGUGCGCGCGUACGCCAUCCCGGGCGGCAGCGAGGAGAUUAUGCUCGACCUGAGCAUCCGGCAGAGCAUGCGCGUGCACAAGGCACUGGGCAUGAAGUUGUAA